AUGGCACCUAGUGUCACGAGCACGGAGAACGGCUCCUAUCCCUCAAAAGGCCCGGCGCCCACCCCCCGAUUCCUUCCCCCUGGCGUCACGGCUGAGAAGUGGCAAGCAUUUGCAUCUGGUCUUCAACAAGCUGUAGGAAAAGAGAACCUCCAAAUCAUCACCCAGGACACCCCUCUGGAAGAUGGCGAUUACACCACCAUCGACUGUCAAACGCACGAUAUGCACCACUUGUACGAUCGAGAGGAGUUUGUUGGUAGUGCUCUCAUCCACCCUAAGAAUGUAGCCGAUAUCCAGGCUGUCAUCAAGCUUUGCAAUGAGUUCCUUGUUCCUGUAUGGACAUUCAGCAAAGGCCACAACAUCGGCUACGGUGGCGCCGCCCCGAGGGUAUCUGGGAGCUUAGUCAUGAACCUCGGAACUCACAUGAACCGUAUCCUUGAGGUCAACGCUGACGACUGCUACUGUCUGGUCGAACCUGGUGUGACUUACCUCCAAAUGCAGAAGUAUCUCGACGAUAACGGUCUUCGGGACAAAGUCUGGCUCGACUCCCCAGAGCUUGGGUAUGGCUCCAUGAUUGGCAACUCAUUGGACCACGGAGUCGGGUUUACUCCCUACGGUGAUCACUGGAUGAUGCAUUGCGGUAUGGAGGUCGUUCUCGCCAACGGUGAAGUGGUCCGCACCGGUAUGGGUGCUAUGCAGAGCCCCGAGGGUCGCAAGCAAGCAGCCCAAGGCGUGCCUCCUCAAGAUCAGCAUCAAAACGAGUGUUGGCAGCUUUUCCCCUAUGGAUUCGGUCCCAUCAACGAUGGAAUCUUCUCUCAGAGCAACAAUGCCAUUGUCACCAAGAUGGGCAUGUGGCUCAUGCCUGCCCCACCUGGCAUCACUCCUUUCAUGGUGACCUAUGAAAAGGACGAGGAUCUCGAAGCUGUCGUAGAUAUCAUUCGUCCACUUCGUGUUAAUAUGAUUCUCCAGAAUGCUGCUAGUCUCCGCCAUAUUUCGCUUGAUGCAUCACAUUAUCACCCGCGUACUGAGUAUACCGACAAUCCCGAUAUGCCUCUUACAGAAGAGCAGCUGGAUGCGGCGGCGAAGAAGGUCAACCUAGGACGCUGGGUCUACAUAGGGGCCGCCUAUGGACCCGAGCCGAUCCGCAAGGCACAUCUUGAGAUUACCAAGCGAGAAAUGACCAAGGUCCCCGGAAGCAGAUGGUUUUUGCUUGAGGAUCGCAAAGAGGAAUUUAGCACCUUGCACUGCCGUGCUGAUACCAUGAGAGGUCUGCCAACCUGGGACGAACUACGAUGGUUAAACCACUGGAUCCCUAACUGCACAUUCCUUUCUUUCUCGCCGAUCUCCAAGGUUGACGGCAAGUCGGCUAUGCAGCAGUACACCAUGGCCAAGAAGCGCUUUGCUGAAGCCAAACUUGACUACUUUGGUAUUCUUAGCAUUGGCAUGCGUGAGAUGCACAACAUCGUAUGCAUUGUAUACAACCGGGAGGAUCCUGACAUGCGUCGCCGUGCGCAGUGGCUCGUCCGCACCAUGAUCCAAGACUGUGCCGACAACGGUUGGGGAGAGUUCCGCACCCACGUCGCUCUGAUGGAUCAGAUCGCCGACACUUACGAUUUCAACGACCAUGCCCUCGGCAAAUUGAACCAGACAAUCAAGGAUGCUUUGGACCCUAACGGCAUUUUGGCGCCAGGAAAGAGUGGUGUUUGGCCCAAGAGCUACGACAAGUCUAAGUGGGCGCUGGCGAAGGACUAUAUUAAAUAG